GUAAUAACAACAUUGAAGCAUAAUGAGGGUCUCUCUCAGCGUUCUUUGGACAGCACUUUGUCUCGAAAAGGUUCUCGGAGAAUAUGGAAUGGCACAUUUCAGUGACCCAGGAAAGAGCAAAGGCAAGGACUAUUGCAUAUUCUUCAACUCUCAGUGGGCACAUCUACCUCAGGAUCUCAAUAAAGCAUCUCGACUACAGACCUAUGAUCUCACCGCCUCUGUGCUGUGCUCCCCGUCUGAUGUACCUGAAGGAGGCUUCCUAAACCGCAUUCCCAUGGUGCUCAGAGGCAACUGCACGUUCUAUGAGAAAGUGAGACUAGCUCAGAUCAAUGGUGCUAAAGGCCUUCUUAUUGUCAGCAGAAGCAGAUUGACCCCACCUGUUGGUAACAAGUCACAGUAUGAGGAGAUCGACAUUCCCGUCGCCCUGCUCAGCUAUGCAGAUAUGCUGGACAUCAGCAAGACCUUUGGAGAAAGCAGAGUGGUGGCCAUGUAUGCACCCAACGAGCCGGUAGUGGACUAUAACAUGGUGAUCAUCUUCCUAAUGGCAGUAGGCACCGUGGCUAUAGGAGGAUACUGGGCCGGCAGCAGAGACAUCAAAAAGCGCUACAUGAAGCACAAAAGAGAUGACAGCGCAGAGAAACAGGACGAAGAGACAGUGGACGUGACGCCCAUAAUGAUCUGUGUGUUUGUGGUCAUGUGUUGCUCCAUGCUGGUGCUUCUGUACUACUUUUAUGAUUAUUUAGUGUACAUGAUUAUUGUGAUAUUCUGCCUGGCGUCCUCUGUGGGCCUGUACAGUUGUCUCUGGCCUUUUGUUCGUAGAAUUCCCUUUGGGAAGUGCAGGAUACCUGAGAAUAACCUGCUAUAUUUUCACAAGAGGCCUCAGAUACGCUCACUGCUGCUCUCAGCGUUCUGCAUAGCAGUCAGUGUUACGUGGGGAGUGUUUCGAAAUGAGGACCAGUGGGCGUGGGUGCUCCAGGAUGCGCUUGGAAUUGCAUUCUGCCUCUACAUGCUGAAAACAAUCAGACUGCCCACUUUUAAGGCCUGCACUUUACUUUUGGUGGUCCUGUUUGUUUAUGAUGUUUUCUUUGUGUUUAUAACACCAUUCUUCACCAAGAGUGGGGAAAGUAUAAUGGUAGAGGUAGCGGCUGGUCCCUCUGAUUCCUUCACUCAUGAGAAGCUUCCUAUGGUUCUGAAAGUGCCCAGACUAAACUUCUCUCCAGUGUCACUGUGUGACCGGCCGUUCUCACUCCUAGGCUUCGGGGAUAUCAUGGUACCAGGUCUGCUUGUGGCAUACUGUCAUAGAUUUGAUAUUCUUAUGCAGUCUUCACGGAUCUAUUUUCUGGCUUGCACCAUUGGUUAUGGCAUCGGCCUCCUCAUUACGUUCGUGGCUUUGGCCCUGAUGCAAAUGGGUCAGCCUGCUUUGUUAUAUCUGGUGCCUUGCACUCUCCUCACCAGCCUGGCGGUGGCGCUGUGGCGCAAGGAGUUGCCUUUGUUCUGGACAGGAAGUGGAUUUGUGCCUCAGCCUCCCGUUGUCAUGGCACCUAUCAACUGCACUCAGACUUCAGGACCUCCCACCGCUGAGCCGUUAACCAAUCCUGAGCCACAGGCCUCUGAAACCACCAAUCAGCUCGAGGGACCUUCUCCUGCAUCACCAACUGAAGAAGUGGCUCAGUUUAAAGAUGAAGCCAACAAGUCUGAGUAAAGGACUCUGAGGAGACUAAUUCCUUAUUCAUCUUCUUUUUUUUUUUUUUUUAUAAAACAUCAAAGAUAAAUAUGACAAACUAUAUGACGGACCUAACGUAGUGAGCAUCAUGGUGUGCUUUGUUGUCAAGAGAAGGACACAUUUUUAACCUUUGUUGGAACAGAUUAAACAGUCGCACCGCUGAGAUGAGAUUAAAGGUUACGGUGAGGCCUAGGGUGCUUUUUUUUGCCUCCUCUGUAUGUACUAUCACAUUGCAGUCACACAGCGGAUGGAAUAGAAGGGAGGACGGCUUUGGUUCAUUAAUCAUACAGUCCUGCAUCUCAACAGUGAUCUUUUUGGCCUAAAAGUGGUCAUAAUCUAUCUGUUUGUUGGAACUCAAGUGCAGCUAGUCAUUCAAAGUCAAAAUGAUUUUUAUGUAUGUCCUACAUUUAUCUCCACUUUUUAUUCCUACCAGAAUAACACUAGAACACUAUAUUCAUUAGAUCAAUUCUUCCCACCUUUUCAUAACAUGGCUAAAGUAUCACACCCUUUAAAAAUAUGGUGCUAUCAAGGACUGAAUGAACCAAAGGUAUCAGAUAGUGAUGAUACUCAUGAUGAUGAUGAUGAUGAUGAUAACAAUGACAUGUCUCUGUUUCAUUCAUUUGGGUUACCUCUGGGUUCUGCGUUUUGCAUGCCGUGGAUUAACUAUUGGAACUAUUGAGAAGACAGUAAAUGGGUUGUAGUUUGAUACACACUGACUGUAUAACAGGGACAUUGCUCCUCCCUAAUUUAAUUAGCCAAUCAGCUCCUUACGUUAUGGUGUAAAUGUUGUUCUGGCCUUAUGUAUGGGUUUGGGUUGGAUGUGGAUACGGCUCAGUGGGAACUGAGUGCCAUCUUCAGAUGUGCUGCUGACAGCCAUCGCCUGUAUGUUUGUUUAGGGUUUAUCUGAUACCAUAAGUCUCAAAAUUGUCAAUGCAAGUGCAUACUUUUACAAAAGAAACAAGUUACUAAUGAUACUUUAAUCUCUGUUUACUUUUAUUUUAAAUUAUGUUUCAUCUACUUGAUGUUUUGAUAGUUGGUAAAAAUGUGGUACAAUUCUUAGGAGUGUUAUUCAUUUAUAUUGUAUUGCACAAGCGGCAGGACGCAUCUGAAAUAUUUUUUUUUAGGGCUUUUCUGCCUUUUGUUUACCAUACAAUUUAAGACAGACAUCACCUUAGUCACUAAUCACUGUCUGCAGCUGAAGGUCCUCUUGAUGGCCUUUGCGUCGUAAGGGACGGAAGAGAUGUUUUAAUGAAUUUCACCGUUAGGAACAUGACAUCCAGCAUUCUUUUGGUAUACAGCACUUUUAUCACACUGAAAAACGUGGAUCAGUGAAAGCAAAAGAUGUAAACCUUUGGCUGGAAUCAGGAUGUUUUCUUUUUAGCUACUACUUUUUAAAUGGGUUGCCCUUUCAAAGCCAUGUCUACAGAAAUCACUCUAGAUGAACUGUUAAAAAAGCAGUUUUUGAAAUCUGUUGAGGAUUUCAUACAA